AAAUCUCUUGCUCGAUACAAGAUUUGGUGCGUGGUACUCCAAUGGCGUUGAGUGAUAUUCCCUUGGAGUUAAAAAGUUUCAAAAUAAGGAUGAUGAACGCUAUAAGGAAUCUUCUCGGCAUUCCCAUUGCUCCACCUGAUUUGGUCCCCACAACCACUCUACCCAAUCCUACAUCUACUGACAUGGAACCUGUGGAGCAUAUUGUCGCUGUUGAUACGCAUGUCGAUGCACCGGGUAAGGGAGAAGUUGCAAGGGAUCCAACAUUGAGCAAUGUCAUCAUCGCAUGUAGCCUUGUGCCUUCGUCCAAAACAGCCCAAGUAGCAGAUAUAAAUUACACACAAGCGGACAUCUCACUGCCCUUUGAUAUCAACCAGUCCUCUGCCCAUGGGAAUAUAGUGGAGCCCGAGUAUUGGGUUUCACCGCCGGUGGCUAAGUUUGUAUUUACUCUGCUCUCUUAUGUCCAUCGCUAUACUCCAAUUUGCAGGCUUAAUGAAGAUCUAUCAUCAAGUGGGCAUAAUCUUUGGGUCAACAUUUUCUCUCCAGUCUCGAAGCAUGAGUGGGAGCCUCCACCUUGAGGACAAGGUGGUUUUCUAAGGGGGUGAGAGUGUUAUGG